GCCAACCUGAUCGGCGUCUUUACUAAAAGACGCCAACACCAUUGGCGUCUUUGUUCAGAAGCAUAUAAUAGCAGCAGACAGUCGCGAACCUCACAUACCCACUUCGCGAUUUUCUCUAGCAGCGGCCAAAUCCUUCGCAAAUUCGUCCGUGUCUUUGUGAUUUCGCCCUCCAUUCAUCAAUCGGUGCUAGUUUUCCCCAAAUUCGUCCAAUUUAUUCGGUGAUUUAUGGCAUCUUCUUCAACUACUCGUCGUCGGCUCUUAUGUGGUCCUGAGGACCCCUCCGUAUUAUAUCUGCAGAGACAACACGUCUCUAAUAACAUAUGGGCAGGAGUGCCAUCGGAAGACGUACGGUGUAGAAGAUACGAAGGAAUCAUAUGGGAUGUUCCCAUAAAUCCUCGUGUUUUGGCGGUUAUAGAUGAGAUGGGGUUCGGCGGGAUGUUGAGGUGUGGUCAACCGAAAGACAUUGACCACCAUCUUAUCACCGCUUUGAUUGAACGUUGGAGGCCAGAGACUCACACGUUUCACUUUCCAGUCGGUGAAGCGACUGUGAGCUUAGAGGACGUGGAGGUCUUAUGGGGCCUCAAAACUGACGGUGAGCCUCUGACGGGUUACAUCCCCAGUAAGGAUGUCAACUAUUGGAAGGAUGUUUGUUUGGAUUUUCUUGGCUUUAUUCCAGAUGCAGUUGAUCUAAAAGAAUUGAACUGGAAGCAGACAAGCUUAUCAAAUCAACUGCGGAUUGAGUUGAGUGAUGACCACGAGCAAUACAUGUACAAUCAACGUGCUCGUGUGUAUUGUCUGCUGUUACUGGGUGGUCUACUGAUCCCGAACGCUACCGGUAAUAAAAUUCCCUUCUUCUACCUUCAGUUUUUCAUGGAUAUAGAACAAUGUGCUAGCUAUAGCUGGGGAGGUGCGACACUUGCCUGCUUGUACCACAAUCUAUGUGAAGCUGCACUUGGUAAGAGGACCGAUGUCGGGGGAGCUCUUACAUUGUUACAGCUGUGGGCUUGGGAAAGAAUCUCAAUUAUUAGACCGCAGAUGCUGAACCCCGCGCCCGUAGACUACUUACCAUGUGCAGUCGCGUAAGUUGUCCACUAAUUACUCUUUUAAGCAUAAUUUUUAUUGAUUUUUGUGUUGUUCGCUCAUAAUUUAAUUUUUGUAGAUGGACUGGUCGGGCCUCUUAUGUAAAGCACCGGGGCAUUGCAUUGAAACUUUCAGAGAUCAGUUCUCAACAAUGCAUGCCAAUCAGGUAAUUUACGUAAACUAAAUUGUUGCUAGUGUGUUGUUUUGAUUGAACUUGUUUUGACUAAAUAAGUUUCAUAUCUAGUUUAUUUGGAGGCCGUAUGAUUCGCGAAAUCUGCCGGAUGUUUGUGUUGCCGGUCGUCCUAUAUGGGCGUCGAUGACAACACUAAUCUGCUGGAAUAUGGUUGAGCCACACAUGCCACAGCGGGUGUUGCGACAAUUUGGGAUUGUCCAACCUUAUAUCCCGAUUGUCGACCGGUUCCACGGAUCUGAUUUUACGAAACAGGAUCGACGUGGCAAAGCAGGUCGGAACUGGGUUCAGUGGCACGCCAAUCAUAUACAAGAUUGGCAUAAUAGGCACGACACGGUGUAUGUUGAUUUGGAGUACUCAAUGGUGCAUGUUGCUACUGAUGAGUACAUGGACUGGUUUCGCCGGAUAACAGUGGUGUACCUAACAAAACCUGGGGUGCAUUCUCAUGAGGGCUUCCAUGAAACGGCGGCCUCUCAUCACUACGCGGUGGAGACCCUUCACAAAAUACGCCACUUUCUUAGGGAGCAAGACAUGUCAGGACGACCGGAUUUAUUCACCAUUUCGAGAAUGGUUGAAGAUGGCCUCCAGAUAUGUGGGGAAGCUGAGACGACGGACCACCGUCCUUCACAGCGCUCUGAGCUGGACCUUGACAUGCCCGUGCGGCAAAAAGCGAAGCGGCGUGGAAAGAAGAAAGUUGGUGGAGAGUCGUCAUCAUCAAGGAUGGAUACUCAGUUGGUUGAUGAUUCUGAUGACGAUUUUGUGGCUCCACCUCCACCAAGAUCUGCCGUGCGGGGUCGUCACUCAGUCAGCCACACGGGUGGUACAGGAGAAGAUUUCGGUCUCAGCGAUCAACAAACUCCACCUCGGUCUUCUGCGAGAGACGACAUUGAUUUAGAGAAUGCCGUCGUUGAAGAUACUCCUCCAUCUAGAAUCCCUAAGACCAGCAUCGGGAAGGGAAUCCGUAGUCUGUUUAUGCGUAAAAGGCGAGACGAGUGAACGUUGCCCGAACUUUUUAUAUUGGUGUUUUUACAUUGAUUUGAACGCUUUAUAUAAGUAAUUUGAUAUAUUGUAUUGAUAUUGGUGUUUUUUCAUUCAUUUGGCGUAUGUAUAUUAGUAAUUUGAUAAA